CCUCGCCCACGCGGACUGCAUGUCACAGAGAGGUCACACUUUGGCACCACUUGGCCGUCGUCUAACUUAACGCAUUAAAAUCCAAUAAGCACCCGCGCUGGCGCCGCGAUAAAGGGCCUCCUCUGCUAGGCCAAAUCCCGUCACCAUCCCGGCGCCUUUGACUAGAAGCCACUCAACCCAGCUGCCGGGACCCUGUCACCCACAAUCCCUGCCGCCUCUGCCCUGCGAGCUCGCGCUCAAGAAUACGUCCAAGCCCGGCCACCCCAGACAUCAGCACCAUAGGCACACUCAUCCGCAUCUCUCUCUCUCUCUCUCUCCAACUCGGGACCCCUCACACAAGGAAAAAGCAGACCUCCAACGGCUGCACGGUUACCAACACCGAACCACUGCACUUCUUUUUUCUUUUUCUUUUUUAUCGCGCACUGUCUCGUUGCUGUGUCAUAUCGCGCCCGUUGCGCCACCCACCACCCAACAUGACCAUCGAGGACGACAUGUACGGAACAGAGAAGAGUUUUGGAAGAGCAUCGCAAAAUUCAGACUGCUAUGGCGAAUCGUCACGGUUCCAGGACGGCAUCGGGAGGAGGGUCAUCGAGAGCUUCAAGAGGGAUCCCAAUUUCGCCAUGACGCCAAAGGGAACCAUGGGCGCGGAUGGAAAGGUCUUCGACGUCGAGAGCGCUGCUGCGAACACGGCAAACUCGCCCCUUGCGCGAAGACUCAAAGGCCGCCAUUUGCAAAUGAUCGCCAUCGGAGGAUCUAUAGGUACUGGUCUCUUCGUCGGUUCAGGGCAAGCCUUGGCCAACGGCGGUCCAGCAUCGCUCGUCAUUGCCUAUUGUCUAGUCGGUAUCAUGCUGUACUGCACUGUCCACGCCCUAGGCGAAAUGGCAGUAUUGUUCCCUGUCGCCGGUUCCUUUUCAGCCUACUCGACUCGCUUCCUGGACCCAGCAUGGGGCUUUGCCAUGGGUUGGAAUUAUGCUCUGCAAUGGCUUGUUGUACUACCACUCGAGAUCGUCGCCGCUACCUUCACUAUCGAAUAUUGGAACGGCGGAUCCGUCAAUAAUAACGCCUGGGUAGCCAUCUUCCUGGUCUUGGUCAUCAUCAUCAAUCUUUUUGGUGUUAAAGGAUACGGUGAAGCCGAGUUUGUCUUUGCCAUCAUCAAGAUCACAGCCGUGAUUGGAUUCAUCAUCCUAGGCAUCAUCAUCAACAUCGGCGGCGGCCCUGAGGGCGGCUACAUUGGCGGCAAGUUCUGGCGCCAACCCGGUGCAUUCAACAAUGGCUUCAAAGGCCUCUGCAGUGUGUUUGUCAAUGCUGCUUUUGCCUUUUCCGGAACCGAGCUCGUUGGUCUCGCCGCAGCAGAAACAGCCAACCCGCGAAAGUCGCUGCCCACGGCGGUCAAGCAGGUCUUCUGGCGCAUCUCGCUCUUCUACAUCGUCUCGCUGACCAUGGUUGGCCUUUUGGUACCCUACGACGAGAAGCGGCUUCUGCAGAACAGCAACAGCGUUGAUGCCGUGGCUUCACCUUUCGUUAUCGCCAUCCAGAACGCUGGCAUCGAAGGCCUACCCUCGGUCUUCAACGCCGUCAUCAUGAUCGCCGUACUCUCCGUCGGCAACUCGUCCAUCUACGGAUCCUCGCGCACGCUCGCCGCUCUCGCAGAGCAGCACCAAGCACCCAGGAUCUUCGCCUACAUCGACCGCCAGGGCCGCCCUCUCGUGUCCAUCGCCUUUGCCUCCUCGCUCGGCCUGCUCGCCUUCCUCGCCGGCGCAGACCGCAAACUCCAAGACGAAGCCUUCAACUGGCUGCUCGCCUUGUCCGCGCUAUCCGCCGUCUUCACAUGGCUCUCCAUCUGCCUAGCGCACAUCCGCUUCCGCCAGGGCUGGAAGACCCAAGGCCACAGCCUCGACGAGCUCGCUUUCCGCUCCCAGCCCGGCGUCAUCGGCUCCUACAUCGGCCUCUUCCUCAACUGCCUCGUCCUCGUCGCCCAGUUCUACGUCUCUGUCGUGCCCUUCCAUCCAGCCGAGUUUACCACCUCGGGCCGCCUGCAGCGCUUCUUCAGCGUAUACCUCGCCCUCCCCGUCACGCUCGCCUUCUACUUCCCCUAUAAACUAUGGUUCCGCACGUCCAUUGUGCGAUCCCACAACAUGGAUCUCGUCACCGGCAUCCGAGAGCUGAACCUGCAAGAGCUGAUCGAAGAGGAGCGCGAGGAGCGGAAGCGGUGGCCAAAGUGGAAGAAGGUGUACAAGUUCUUCUGCUGAUUGAUUGUCCUGCGCUUUGGCGCCUUUUUGCUCCGUUCUCCCAGCGUUCGCGCAUUUUAUCUGUUUAGUCAGGUGUCUUUUUUGUGAUACCAGGCGGCAUGCCCUUUGCAUUGCGCAGCCUCGCAUUCUUCUCUUCUCCUUCUAUUUAUUCUUCUUGUCUUCUUCUUAACGACGGCUAUUAUGGAUAGGUAUGUCUUAGUGAGUAAUGAUAUCAGCAGCGCAACACGUUGCCAUGACUUGUAAAUAGGUUAGGUGGACAGGAUUGGAGCAGGAAAUCAACAAGUUUCCC